GCGUGCCCAGUGCGUGCAGAGCGCCGCGGCUGCCUCCGCGGGGACGGGACGGGACGGGACGGGACGGAGAGGGAGAGAGAGAGGGAGAGAGGGAGAGGGAGGAACGGACGGACGGACGCACGCACGCAGCCGAGCCCCGCCGCCGGGGCGUGCCUGCGCUGCGCACCCCGCUCCUGCCAGGGCUCCGCCGUGCUGCAGCGCCAACAUGCCCGCCGUCGACAAGCUCCUGCUGGAAGAGGCUCUGCAGGACAGCCCGCAGACUCGUUCUUUGCUCAGUGUCUUUGAAGAAGAUGCAGGAACCCUUACAGAAUACACAAACCAGUUGCUUCAGGCAAUGCAACGAGUCUAUGGUGCUCAGAAUGAAAUGUGUCUUGCCACACAACAGCUUUCGAAGCAGCUCCUUGCCUAUGAAAAGCAGCAUUUUGCCUUAGGUAAAGGAGAUGAAGAAGUGAUAUCCACCCUCCAUUAUUUUUCAAAAGUUGUGGAUGAGCUCAAUAUUCUUCAUUCUGAACUGGCUAAACAGCUUGCAGAUACAAUGGUUCUCCCAAUAAUACAAUUUCGAGAAAAAGAUCUCACAGAAGUAAGCACACUGAAGGAUCUCUUUGGCCUUGCUAGCAAUGAACAUGACGUAUCCAUGGCAAAAUAUAGCAGGUUACCGAAAAGGAAAGAAAAUGAAAAGCUUAAGGCAGAAGUUGCAAAAGAAGUGGCAAAUGCAAGAAGAAAGCAGCACCUUUCAUCCUUGCAAUAUUACUGUGCCCUGAAUGCUCUGCAGUACAGGAAGAGGGUGGCUAUGAUGGAACCUAUGCUAGGAUAUACACGAGGACAGAUCAACUUCUUUAAGAAAGGAGCAGAGAUGUUUUCCAAAAGGAUGGACAGCUUUUUGUCAUCUGUUUCAGACAUGGUUCAGAGCAUACAAGGAGAGCUGGAUGCCGAAGCUGAAAAAAUGAGAAUAUCCCAGCAGGACUUAAUUGCAGUUAAUGAAUCUGUUUACACUCCAGAUUCUGAUGUAAUUUCACCUGCUAUCAAUAGAAAUCUCAUCCAGAAGGCUGGCUACCUUAAUCUUAGAAAUAAAACAGGUCUGGUGACUACAACUUGGGAUAGACUCUAUUUCUUCACUCAAGGUGGCAACUUGAUGUGUCAGCCAAGGGGAGCAGUAGCUGGAGGAUUGAUUCAGGACCUGGAUAACUGCUCUGUUAUGGCUGUGGACUGUGAAGACAGAAGAUACUGCUUUCAGAUCACUACUCCUACAGGGAAAGUGGGUAUAACCCUUCAAGCAGAAAGCAAGAAAGAAUACGAAGAGUGGAUAUGUGCUAUCAACAACAUCUCCAGGCAGAUCUAUCUCACUGACAAUCCAGAGGCAGCUGCAAUAAAAUUAAAUCAGACAGCCCUGCAAGCAGUGACUCCCAUUACCAGCUUGGGAAAAAAACAUGAAGUUCAGCACCCCAGCCAGACUGUAAAGAAUAUGGAAAAUGAUGAAGUAAUUCCCAGUGGAUCAGCCGGCAUUCAAGAUUCCACACAACUCAUUGCUCCUGGAACACCAAUUCAAUUUGAUAUUGUACUGCCUGCUAUGGAAUUUCUGGACCAGAACAGAGGUGGCAGGCGUGCAAACCCAUUUGGGGAAUCUGAAGACAGCAGCAAAGAUGAGGAGGAAGAUUCCCUGCUGCAGCAGAUGUUCGUGGUUCGGUUUUUAGGGUCCAUGGCUGUUCAGUCCGAUGAGACGUGCGAGGUGAUUUAUGAAGCCAUGAGACAAGUGCUGGCUGCUCGGGCCAUUCACAACAUCUUCCGCAUGACUGAAUCCCACCUCAUGGUCACCAGCAAGAACCUGAGGUUAAUAGACCCUCAAACCCAAGUUACACGAGCAAGCUUUGAACUCACCACUGUGACACAGUUUGCUGCCCAUCAGGAGAACAGGAGACUGAUUGGCUUUGUGAUCCACCUCAGUGAUACUCUGGGAGAAGAAUCCAUGAGUGCAUAUGUUUUUGAGAGCAACACAGAAGGGGAAAAGAUAUGCUAUGCCAUUAGCUUGGGAAAAGAAAUUAUUGAGGCACAGAGGGAUCCAGAAGCAUUAGCUCAGCUAAUGAAGUCUGUGCCAUUAACAAAUGAUGGGAAGUUCAUGCUUCUGCAUGACUUGUCAGAAGAGGAUGGAACCAUGCAUGAAGGAGGGGAGGAAUCAGAAGCAUAAGCAGCUCCUGUCACUUCCUGCAGCCUGUGUGGGAGCAGAAAAGCAGGGAGUCUUUUUGCAAGAAUCUCUGGUUUUCAGUCACCUGCACACACCUGAGGCCAGCUGCCCUUUCCUGCUGGAGAGCAGUGGUGUGUCUGCAGUGGAGUCCCUCUGGAUUUACAGUGGAAGCACAGCAGGACUCGCAUUUAGCAUUUGUGAACGUGUAGGGGUGGAACUGUGUCUGGGGAGCUGACAGUCCUGAGAAGGAGGCUAGUGCUGCUGGUGGGCAGGAGAGCACAGCUGUCAGCAACUAAGGGUUAAUGGCAUUUCUUACAUUUACAGGGCCAGCAGCCUCUCAUUCCAGUGAAAUUUGUGUGAGCUGCCAGCUCCUCUGACAAAUUUCAGGCCUCAAAUUUCCUACCACAGUCAAUGUUCAUAGUUUGCAUGAUCAUGUGCAUCUGACUGAAGGUUAAAAAUGCACUAUCUACUUUAUUUCAGAUGAAGUUAUUUUUAGUCUAGUUUGUGUGUAACAAGAUUUACCUUUUGUGUUAGCCUAUUUACAAAACGAUUUGUUAAACACUAAAUUUUUCCUAUUAAUAUAAUCUAUUUUUAUAUUGCAUCUAGAAGAAGCUUACAAAACAAAUUUUUAAGUGCCUACUCUUACCUUCCAGGGGACUGUACUCUCACAUUCUGUAAUUAAUAGACAAAUUGUACUUCCUUGGUUUAUUAUUCUAAGUACCACUGACAUGCAAACCUCAGAAGCAGGCAGCUGAGUGCAGUUUUUCUGUUGUUAGGUUUCUUGCCACUUCUUACUAUAUGAAGAAGUAAGAAUUCUUAUGUAACAUGCAACAGCUGAGUCUGACAGCAACCUUUGAUUUUAAGAAACUGAGCAAUAAAAUGUUAGAUUACAA